UAGGUUAAAUAACGUAAGCCGCCGAAGUCGUGUAACCUCUGAAUUAAGGUGACUCUAGCUAGGGCUUGAAUCAACCGCCAUGAAAAAUGUGGAGGAGCAGUUCUCAAAGGAUCUAUUGAUAAAGAAACCUUCAAAUUCAGUAAGAGCAUACUCAGAUCCAAUCCCCGCUGAUCUCCUCAUCGAUAUAUUCUCUAGAGUCCCAGCAGAAUCUAUAGCUAGGUUUCGUUGUGUAUCUAAGUUCUGGGGAUCUAUACUUUGCCGUCAUGACUUCACAGAGUUAUUCCUCACUAGGUCUUUAACUCGUCCACGGCUUUUAUUCACCUUCAACGUAGAAGACAAGCUAUUCAUCUACUCUUCACCUCAACCUCAAAAUCUAGAACUAGAUCAUGGUGACAACUAUUCCCUUGUAGCUACACGUUACAAAGAUUUUCCCAAACAUUUUACAACGAAAACCCGUGACGACUUAUCCAGUGGAUUAGUCUGUCUACAUGGACCGGGAAUAGAAAGAAGAAGGUUUGCUUGUAACCCCGUCACGGGAGAGUUCACAGACUUAGCCAAAGUGAAAGCCACACAUACUAGAAAGACCUACGUUGGUUACGAUCCGAUCAACAAACAGUUUAAAGUGUUGUUUCUGGCCAUUAAUGGAAGACACAACCAUGUUGUGACAUUUGGGAAUAGAAAACGAAGAUCCACUAUUGAAUGCAAACGCGGACAUGCUGGUCAAUAUGGUCAAGUAUGCAUCAAUGGUGUUUUGUAUUACGGAGCUUACUUUAAAGAAUCAAAAUCUCGUGUGAUAGUUUGCUUUGACUUUAGGUUUGAAAAGUUUAGUUUUAUUGAGCUAGAUCGUGAUAUGCAUAAUGUCUCUUUAUUCAACUACAAAGGUAAGUUAGGUGCAUAUAAGUUCUCCAACAGCUACGGGCAAAAACUUGUGUUGUGGGUUCUAGAAGAUGCUGAAAAACAUAAAUGGUCCGGAAGUAUGUGUGUGUUGUCUCAUUUAUACAAUGAGAAGAUCGGGGACAACUAUUACAUUGUUGGAAUCACUAGUGCAGGUGAUAUUGUGUUUAUGCCGUUUGGUCAACUAAUCCCUAAUUUCCACCUUUUCUUUUACAAUAUGGAGAGGGAGACUUGUACAAGACUCGAUAUUGAGGGAUUUGGAGAGUUUGGGCAUCAUAAUUUUCAAGUUACCACCUAUCUGAACUUUGUAGAGAAUGUGACGCCUUUGUAA